AUGGAGUCCGCGCCGUUGCUCUCCGCCAUGCCGUCCCCCGCGAGCCUCCUCGUCGCGCUGCUCGCGCUGCUGCUCACCGCGCUGCUCGCCGCCGCCUACGAGUUCUUCUGGGGCGCGCCGCGCCGCGCCAUGGCGGACCUCGCAGCGCAAGGCGUGCCCGGACCGCCCUUCCGGUUCUUCUACGGCAUCCUGACUGACAUGAUCGAGGUGCGACUCGGUUCAGGUGCGACCCGGUUCAGGUGCGACCCGCUUCAGGUGCGACCUGCUCCGGAUGUGGUAGCCAAGCCUAGCACCACGGCCUCUUAUCACCCCCUCCAUUCCGCCGGUCCCCCCACCCCCACUUCGUCCCCUCUUUUCCCCCGCCCCCUCCCUCCCCCCGGUCGGCGCGUGCAGUUCCGCAAGCGGCGUCAGGCGGACCCUGAGUUUGCAGCGCGCAGCACGGCCACACACGUGCUGGAUUCCCUGAUCGCCAGCUACGGGCCAGUGGUGCGGUAUUGCUUUGGUCCCAUGUCGCGAGUCCUUCUCGCCGACCCCACCCUCGUGCGCGCGGCCUACAUCACGCACAACGACGCCUUCCCCAAGACCACGCUCAUCCGCGCCGCCUUCCCGCUCUUCGGCAACGGGCUGGUCACCGCGUCGGGGCCGUUCUGGGCCAUGCAGAGGAGGAGGAUCAACCCCGCCUUCAAGCACAGCGAGCUUAAGCGCAUGUUUCCAACCAUGCUCGAGUGCACCCAAGCUGCGCUGUCGCUCUGGGAGAAGCAGGCCCGGGCCGAGCCUGACAAGGAGGUUCGGAUCGACACCAUGCUUGAAACGCUCACUCUUGACGUCAUAGGCCGUGCAGCCUUUGGCGCUAGGCUUGGAGGGCCGGAGGGGGAGAAUGAGGAGACGGGAGAGGGGAAGAAGGGAGGAGAAGGAGCGGUGGGAGGAGGGAAGGAAGGGAAGGAAGGGAAGAGCGAUGCUGAGGUGCUGGUGGGGGCGUUCCGGGCGUAUUUAGAGGCGGCAGUGGCUAGUAUUCGUAGUCCUUUUGCCAUGAUUCCUGGAUUCUUGCUGCUCCCCACGGCGCUGCACCGGCAUCGGGAGGAGGGAGCAAUCGACUUGCUAGAGCUCAUGCUCAUGGCCACGGAUGAGGAACCUGGCGCAACAGGAGGAGCAGGAGGAGGAGAAACGGUAGCAGCAACUAACGGAGCAGCAGCAGGGGACGCAGGAGCAGGAGGAGCAGGAGUAGCGUUGAAGGCAGCAGCACCACCCGCACCUGCGAUGUCGGAUCAGCAGCUGAUGGACGAGUGCCUCACCUUCUUGCUCGCAGGCCACGAAACCACCUCCAACCUCCUCACCUGGACCGUGCUGCUCCUAUCGCAGCACGACACGUGGCAGCAGCGCGUGCGUGAGGAGGCACAGCAGGUGCUGGGAGCAGACGGGGCAGGCCUCACAAUGGAGAAAGCAGCUGAGCUCAAGGUCAUGACCAUGGUUCUGAAUGAGGUGCUCAGGCUCUACCCGCCUGCUCCGGCCAUUGCUCGCCGCUGCGACACCCGCACCAAGCUAAGCGAAACGCUUACCAUUCCCGCUGGUGUGGGAGUGACGGUGCCGAUUGCAGCGAUGCACAGGAGGAAAGAGCUGUGGGGGGAAGACGCGGAAGAAUUCAAGCCGGAGAGGUUCGCGAAUGGGAUUCACAAGGCGGCGACGCAUCCGCUCGCGUUUAUCCCCUUUAGUGUCGGCCCCCGUGUGUGCAUUGGGCAGAAUUUUGCGAUGCUGGAGGCGAAGGUGAUUCUGUCGCUGCUGGUGCUGCGAUUCUCGUGGCGAGUGGCCCCGUCGUAUCGCCACUGCCCUGAGCAGGUUCUUACUCUCAAGACCAAGUUUGGCAUGCCUGUGCUGCUCACUCCUCUCGCUCACAGUGGAGGGAACUUUUUCGGGAUGGCCAGACAUGCGCUUCUGGCGCUCUCGCUGGCGCUGCUGGUCGCCGCCGCGCGCGCCGGCAGUCCCAUCACGAGCAGCACCGCGAACGAGAAGCCCGACCCGAGCAGCAAGAAGGACGACGGGCUGAUGACGGAACUUCCCCCGGACAUCGCGAAGCAGGCGGCGUCGGGCAACGCGGCGGGAUUGACGUACGUGGACACGUCGCAGGACUCGUUCUUCAUGGCUGAUGUGAAGAAGGCCGGGUGGAACGCGCAGAAGUGCCCGCCGGGUUUGAACAAGGAGCUGUCGGGCGCAUGCACGCCGAAGAACUGCUCCAAGGGCGGCAUCGCCGCCAAGUGGAAGACGGCGUACCUGCAGAAGAACAAGCUCGGUUACGAGCUGUACGUGCCGGGUAACCCGCUCACGCUGCUCAAGGCGAACCCCGCGGCGUGCUGCAACACGUGCGCCGCGACGCCGCUGUGCACGUACUGGCAGUACAUUCCCGAUAUUACCAUCGACGGCAAGAAGGGCAAGGGCGCGUGUUACCUGAUUCACGACCAGAUCGACUUCACGUGCGGCGAGAUGACCGCGCAGUACAACACGGAGACGAAGCCCGUGCCGCUGCAGGUGCGCAUCGGCGGCGAGUGCAACCCGAGCGCCAAGAUUCUCAACGACCCGCAUCUGGCGAGUGACGUGCUCGCGGUGGACUGCGCAUUCACCGCGUAUGGCCGCGCCAGGCAAGCGAUGCCCGUGGAGCAGCUCCCAUAA